UUGUAGUACUGUAUACCACUUAUUUUUAUUUAUUUUUUAUUAUAAUUAGAUAAAUAUAAAAUUUGCCUGUCUAAUCACUAUGUUUCAUUCAUCUGAGAUAGCUAGAUUAGACGCAGUGCACGAGGAUGCGUAUGAGGCAUUUCAAGCUUCCAGAGAUAUCAAUGCGAUUCUUGAGAAAGUUGGAAAAGCAUCUGUUGCUGGUAAAAAAGGGCAGAAACAAAAUUUAACUGUGAACAUAGCUCCCAUGGUUCCAGUACUUCCAAUGCUGGCUCAGCCUUGUAAGUCGUCCGAGGAAGCUCUUCAAAAGUGUCCUAAUGGGAUGUAUUCCGAAGUUAAAUAUGACGGAGAAAGAGUUCAAGUUCACAAGAGUGGAAAUGUUUUUAAAUAUUAUUCGAGGAGUCUGAAACCGGUUCUACAACACAAGGUUAAACCAUUGGAACCAUACUUCGCUCAGGCAUUCCCGUUUGGUGACGAUUUAAUAUUGGACAGCGAGAUCUUGAUGAUUGAUACUAAUACUGGAAAACCUCUCCCGUUUGGUACGCUUGGAAUACAUAAGAAAGGUGAGUUCAAGGAUGCAAACGUCUGUUUAUUCGUUUUUGAUUGCAUUUAUUACAAUGGAAAUUCACUGCUUAAUGAGCCUAUUUGCAAGAGAAGACAGAUUCUUCAUGAACAAAUGAAGCAAGUUGAUAACCACAUUGUAUUUUCAGAAAUGAAAGAAAUUCAUGAUAAGAAGGAUCUUGAAGCAAUGAUGACAGAAGUUUUCAGACAAGGCUUGGAAGGACUAGUAUUAAAAGACCUUAUGAGCACCUACGAGCCAGGGAAGAGACAUUGGCUGAAGGUUAAGAAAGAUUACUUGUUUGGAGGAGCUAUGGCUGACUCAGCCGAUCUUGUCGUCCUCGGAGCCUGGUUUGGAACUGGACAGAAAGGUGGAAUGAUGUCAGUUUUUUUAAUGGGCUGCUACGAUGAGAGAAGCAAAUGUUGGUGCACAGUGACGAAGGUUCACACUGGACAUGACGAUGCCACGUUAGAGAGAUUACAGACUGAGCUCGGAGAGAAUAUGAUCAAAAUAAGCAAAGAUAUGAGCAAAGUUCCGUCUUGGCUCCGUUGUACUAAGACCAUGGUUCCAGAUUUUGUUGCCAAGGAUCCAAAGCUUCAACCAGUUUGGGAAAUAACUGGAGCAGAAUUAACCAAAAAUGUUGUUCACACUGCUGACGGGAUUUCGGUCAGAUUUCCUCGAGUGACAAGAAUAAGGAGUGAUAAAGAUUGGGCUCAGGCGACAUCACUUGCCGAAUUGAAGCAAAUUUAUGUAAAAUCUAAAGAAACAUCUGAUUUCUCCUUGAGCGAGGGUUCUUCCGGCUAUAUUCCUCCCACAUCACCUACCAAGUCCCCGAAAAAGAGGCCGGCUUCUACCACUCCUUCUUCAUCACCAAUUAAAAUUCCUAAAAUGAUGAAAAAUAUAUCACCUGGAACUGCCACUUCCAAAAAGAGACCUUUAGAAGGCACUGCAAGGACUACAUCUAAAAUUCUUAAAAUAGACGAUAAAAUAAGUGAAAGCAAGGAAAUGAAGGAAAAAGUGUUAAAAACUUGGGCAGAGGAUAAAGCUGCUGCUCAAAGUUACUCUUUGAAAUGUCCUCUUCCAGAUGUCUUCAUUGGUGUUCGGCUUUUCUUUCCUGACACUAUUCCCAGGGAUCAAAAAGAAUUUCUUGAAAGAUAUUUUGUUGCAUUUGGAGGAGAACUGUUAAAUGAAGAAGAAAAAGGAAAUGCUACUCAUGAAGUAGACGUUUGCGAUUUGGACUGGCUUUGGAACAGUAUGAGGGAACAGAAACUGACUAUAUAAUUAAAGGUUUCAAAAUCUCCUGAAGCUCCGUCCUUAAUAACACCGUCACUGCCUUGCUAUGAUGUCUCGUCCUGUACAAAUUUUGUUAAUUGUUGAUCUAGUUUUAAGAAAAACAUAAGAUCUGUUUAAAUUUAAUGAUAAAAAUAAAUCAAUGAAUUCUGCAAUUAUCUUAGUUUUAAUCAAUCAAUGAAUAAUUUGCAUGACUAACUAUAUUUUCUACUUUUAAUUUAAAUAACCAAUUAACCAUUUCGUGUUAAUCAAUUGUCGUACAUUAUAUAUUGCUUAUGUACUUAUUAUUAUUAUACUUUGAAAUUAUAGUAUUUUAAUGAAUUGUAUUUUGUGAUUGUAUUAUUAAACAAUUAAUUAUUGUUGCUCGUUUUAUUAUUAUUAUUAUUAUUGUUUGUUUGUUUUUUGUAAUAAACUUUGAUUUUUAGCAGUGUUAAA